UGGUUUCCUGCUGACCCGGGUCUGGAUUGACCCGGGUCAGAAGAUCCCCGAGGAGUGCCGAAAGUUUGCGUCUAUGGUGUUCUUUUGUUCCUCUGAUAUUGGCUCCGAGCUGCAGGGUAGUCGCGCCGCAGUCGCUCUUGCGCCUUCCCCUGAUCAGCUACCGGGCGAGCAUCCAGAACAUGAGAGCCCAGGUGCUUGUGGACAUGGGUUCUAACAGGCGCGAGGAGCUUGGAUUGACCCGGGCCGAUGGGCAGCCCGGCGCGCCGCCGCUGCGCCAGUGGCAGUGCUCGGGCUCCUGCGGGGGGCACAAGAAUCGGGGCUGGAGGACCUCGUGCCAGAUCUGCGGGCGGGCCGCUCCGCCCUGGGCGCUGGCAGCCCUCGCGCGCCGUGGGACGCAGGAGCCAGCGUUCAGGUCUGCUCCGCCUCCUGGCGGCAUGUGGGGCCGCGGGCCGCCGGGCUCCGACAUGGACCAGGACUCGGGCAAAGUUAUCAAGGAGGCGGUCGAGCAGGCCAAGAAGGAGCUGCAGCAGGAGCCCCGGCAGGCGCUGCUGGGCGACCCGCUGCUCGGGCUCUCCGAGGUACAGCAGCGGGCCAUCACCCUCAAGAUGGGCGGGGCGCAGGCCGAGGAGGUGGAGAAGCCUGCCGACCUCCGCUCGAAGACGCUUCAGGAUCUGCUCCAGCGGGUCAAGAAGCGCGAGAAGCAGGUGGUCAACACCACUGAGCGCGUUCGCGAGGCGCGUGAGGCCGCAGAUGCGGCGGCCAAGGCGCUGCGGGACGAGGAGGCGCUCCUGGCUCGGCACCAAGCGUCUCUCAAGGAGCUCAAGCAGAUCGUCAAGGAUAAGGAGAUCGCGGAGGCCGUCCCGGUGCUGGGGCAGACGGCCGCUACCCUCGGCCUGGCUGGCGUCGACCAGGCGCUGGCUGUCAUCCACCAGCUGUCCGAGACGCUGUCGCAAUUCGAGGCCAUGCCCGGGCUGGCAACCUUCGCCGGGCAGCUCCGCACGUCCGUCACCGAGCAGCGGCAGGGGAUCGCGCAGCAGCAGCAGCAAGCUCAGGUCGCCGAGGCUGCACGAGAGGAGGCAGAGGCCAAGCUGGCCGCUGACCGGGGUGCUGCUGCUGCUGCUGCUCCUGCUGCUGGCGCGGAGCCUGGUGGCGGCGAAGCCAUGGCGGUCGACGGCGGCGGACUCGACGUCGACCUUGACGACCCCGACCUGGCCAGCAAGCUCAAAGAGGCCGGCCUCGGGGAGUUCGACCUCUCCCAGGAGGCCGACAGGGAGAAGGUCAAGAGGGCCCAGGACCUGCUGGUGGCGCGCUUGGCUGCUGGUGCAGCUUCGGUGGCCCACGGCACCCAGUGCGGGAGAGUUGGAGGCGGCGGGGGUGCGCCCACCGCGCCCCACGUGGUGUUGCUGCAGGAACACCGCCUCAAGGAGCCGCGCCUGGUGGACUCGGCCAGGAAGUGGGCCUCGCAGGGGGGCCUGAAUUCGGUCUUCGGCCACGCGGAGUCUACUGGCGGCAAGGCGAACCAGUCGUCCAGCGGGGUUGCCGUGCUCAGCUCCUUGCCGCUGCUGGAUGGCUUUGGUGCGCUGCAGGAGGCCCUGCCGCGCAGCCGCUUCCAGGUCGGGGUGGUGAGCACUGGCCUGGGGGUGCCGGUUUACUUCAUCAGCCUGUACCUCACGACGAAGGUCGGGCUGACGGAGCCGAACCUCACACACCUCGAGAGGCUCCUGGGGGGGAUCGCAGGUCUCCAAGGGCCUUGGGUGGUGGGAGGCGACUGGAACCUGGAGCCCGCGGAGGUCCAGGAGUGGGCUCGUCUAGCCCAGGGCGUCGCGGUGGCACCCGAUAUCCCUUCCUGCGAGGGGCGAGUCUUAGACUUCUUCGUGGUGUCCCGUGUGCUGGGGAACUUCGUUCGCAGCGUGGAUGUGGUCGACGGGACGGCCAUCCGCACGCAUGUGCCAGUAAUGUUGCGGCUUCAUGGGCUCCACGCUGAAGCCAAGGUGACGAGGGCUGUACUCCCCACGGCCUACCCCAUCGUGCUUCCGCCGCCCACGCGCCCUGCCCCGCCGGAGGUCGGCGACAGCGCGUGGCCCUGGGAGGCAGGAGGCUUCCCUUCCGACCUUCAUGCCGCGACGCUGGCCCGGUUUCAGAGGGCAGAGGCUUACCUCUCCUGCCUGCACGGCUCUGGCAGCCGUAAGGAGGGCCGCUGCCAUGGCCUCCGGGAGCAGCGGGCCCCCUUCGUCACGGAGUGGCAGAGCCAGCUCAAGGCGCGCACUUCGGCCGAGUACCGCUGCUGGGCUGGACUCUUGGCGGCCUGCCAGCGCGCGUGCUCCUUGCAGGCCAUAAUGCGCAGCAGGAGGUGGUCGAGGUAUUCGGCACUCAACCGGCAGCUGAAGGUCAUCAACUCGUUCGUCAUCGAAGAUGGUUGGUGGCCGCAGUCAGGGGCUCUGGCCAACAUGUCCGUGGAGAAGAUGCUGAAGGUGUUCGGCAGCGACUCGGCCUCCGCCUCGUCGUACCUCCUGCGGGUCAUGGAUGACCACGUGCUGAGCCUGAG